CUGUAACUGCGCCUGUGCAGAAUACAUUUUUGCUGACGUGUAGCUGCCGCCCAGCUUCAUCGGUUGCUCGGAUUUUGAUGCCGAAUUACGCGGACGUAGGGACCUGACCUGUAAAGAUGAGUGUGGAAGUGGAGAGAAAGUUCAUAUGCAGUGCUGACACUCUGAAGACACUGGAGGAGAUCGGGGUCUGUGUUGGUCAACGUCAGUUUCAUGACCAGUACUUUGACAACCCUCAGUUUGACCUGACGCUGAGAGACAUGUGGCUGCGUAAACGUAAAGGAUGCUGGGAACUCAAGUGUCCAACAGCAGCCGUCAGUGGGACAGAAGAGAUGAGUGGAGAGCAUAGUGAGGUGGCAGCACUGUGUACUCGCUACAAGGAGAUCACGAACCUGCAUGAAAUUAAGCAGAGAGUGAUGGAGGUUAUCAAAGAUGUUUGUGAGGACAGAGACGCGGAGACAGACUCCUCACAGCAGGAGUCCUGGCUAAGAAAAAUGAAUCUGUCAUGCUUUGCAGAGUUUACAACAGUGCGGCGGUCAUUCACUUUAGAGGAGGAGGGGGUGCACAUAGAUCUGGACCAAGCUGACUUUGGCUACCAUGUGGGGGAGGUAGAGGUGGUCAUACCUGAGGGAGGAGAUGUGCAGGCUGCCCUGGAGAAGAUUGAAAGAACAGCUCAAAAGCUGGGUCUGACUGGGCAUCAACGAGUUGAAGGAAAAAUGCAUAUUUACCUCAAAAGACAUAACCCUGCACACUACACCAAAUUAAAAAGUGUGCACAUCUUGUAAGAGAUCAGAGACUGUGUGAAACAUUUGCACUUUAGUGUCUUGAAACUGUGUUUUUAUUUAUUAAAAAAACAAAUUCAACAUAUUCCCUGCAUUUAAGACAAAAGACCUCUCUGCUCCACCUGCACUUUUUUGUCCUAUGUUCUGCAAAUGUUGUUUUUAAAUCUGGUUAUAACAUGGAAUAUAUGAGUAACUGUUAACACAUAAUAAAUGAGUUGACACACUGACUAUA